AUGGCCGAACUGAAAGAAUUCUCCGGCCGAGAGAAGAAUGAAGAACGGGCCAGGAACUGGUUCAGUAAGGUGAAGUCGGCGUUCCUACGCGAUCAAGCGCCAGAAUUGGAGAAGUGCUUAGUGUUCAGCGAUAUUCAUACGGGACCGGCGCGUGACUGGUAA